AUGAUAAUAUGGAGUCUGUGUCUUAUCUUUUCUCUUUCUAACUCAAUACUUGUUUCGGCAUCUCCUGCUAAGCACUUGUGUCGUCCAGACCAGAGGGAUGCUCUUUGGGAUUUCAAGAACGAGUUCUAUGUCGAAGAAUUUCAGAACCAUCCAACACCUGUGGAUAAGAAGACAAAGAGCUGGAGAAACAACACUGAUUGUUGUUCUUGGGAUGGUACCUCUUGUGAUCCUAAGACAGGCAAGGUCAUUGAGUUAGACCUCGUGGUAGGAGACGUGAGGGAAGCUGGAGUUGUGUGUGGUGGUGGAAGAGUUCCGAACCGAUCGACACAACCAAAAGAGACACCCGAAGGGGUGCAAUUGAAAAGUCAAUGGAAGAAGGCUUCAAUGAAGGAAUUAAGACUACACUAUGGGUGGCAGAGUUGA